AUGCCUAAGGAGUACUUCAGUUUUCAACUGCUCGGCCAGAAGGUGUCUUGUGAGAAGACACUGGACCCCUUUGGGAUCUACCAUCAAGUAUUGGUGGACGCUGGUGGAAAGCAAAAACGACUAUGCGAGAAUAGUUGCUUCAUAUUCCCGAUACGCAGCAAGUUCAGACUCUUUACGAUAUGGAUGGUGGAAUGGAAAUGGUUCCAGAGGUUCAUCCUGUCGCUCAUCGUGUUGAACUCAAUCUUGAUCGCUAUUGAGGAUAAGAGGGACCCUGACAACCGUCGCAACGAGGUCGAAAUUGGCGCGUUUGCCGAUUCAUUAUUAUUGGCAUUCUUCACAAUAGAGUGUCUGCUGAAGAUAGUCGCUUGGGGGCUUAUACGAGAGAAGUCGACUUAUCUGACUGAUGGCUGGAAUUGGUUGGACUUCAUCGUGGUGGUGACGGGUCUUCUCUCCGUCGUGAACUUGGGUGGUGACACUGACCUUAGCGUCCUGAGGGUCUUCAGGGUACUCAGACCUCUACGCAGCUUAACAGUAUUGAAAGAAAUGAAGUUACUGGUGAAUACAGUACUUCUUUCUAUACCACGUCUAGCCAAUGUAGCCGGCACUGCUGUGUUUAUCCUGCUAGUAUUCGGGAUAUUGGGUACCAACUUUUGGGGGGGAGUACUUGAACGAAGGUGUCGUCUAACGCCUUAUCCCAUCCUCAUUGAAGCAGCUACAGGAGCAGUGCAGCAUGCCUUGCCGGUCUUGAACGGUUCUCAGGAGUACUGUUGGGAAUGGGAAGUGGAUACAGCCCAGAGCAGGUUGUGUGGCGGACGGUAUUCGUGCUUACCUGAAACCUAUUGUGGAUCCAAUUAUGUAGAGGACCAAACGGAGUCUCUCCGUCCAGUGUUCAUGAUAAAUGGUACAGUGCUAGCAGCAGGAGGAGGAGGAGACAGGAUGGGAUUUCCCUGGUGUGGGAGUACGGUGGACCCUACUGAUUCGGCUGACUUCAACUUCCGAAUAACUCGCUUUGACAAUCUCCUGGGCGCAGCUCUCACUGUUUUCCAGUCGAUCACGUUGGAGGGUUGGACGGACGUUAUGUACCUCCUCCAGGAUAGUCACUCUGACUGGUUCGCGUCUGCAUAUUUCAUCGCUCUCAUCAUAGUCGGCUCCUUCUUCCUGUUGAAUGUGGCUCUGGCCGUUGUGUGGGAUGCGUUUAUGUCAACUGAUGAGGAGAACCGACUGGCUGAAAAGAAAAGGAGGAAACAUGAGGCUAAGAGGGCUAGUCGCAGGGCUUCCAAAAUGAAGGGCGGAGGAAUGACAGAAAUGGAGAGUAGAAUAGCUGAAAAGAAGAGGACCUUCUAUACGAGUACACCGGCUGAUGCUAGCUCGAGUGUAACAGUGAUGAUGAGGGUCAUGGAGCUCGAGAGUUCAGCUCACCCUAUCGUUGUGAAGAUACGAUAUCUGGUCAUCUCUGAGUGGUUCGUCAAUGUUAUAAUGUUCUUCAUCACAGCUAAUGUGAUAGUGAUGAUGUUCGACUCCUACCCUCCACCGCCAUAUAGGCUUACUAACACGGUCACGGUACUCAACCAGGUGUUUACGGUAGUCUUCGUGGUUGAGUUUGUGUUAUUGCACAUUGCACUGGGCCCGCGGAGAUAUUGGAGGAAGCUCGCUACGGCAUUCGACGGGUUUAUCGUUAUUACGUCGAUCUUGGAGUUAUUCCUGGCCAAUGGUUCUACUGUUAUGACGGCCCUUAGGGGUUUCCGUCUGCUGAGAAUAUUCAAGCUUGCGAAAAAGUGGACAUCUUUUCGUGUCUUAUUGAAGUCGAUCGCCCACACAGUGAAUUCUAUGGGUAACUUCUGCAUCCUCCUCGGGCUGAUGAUGUUUGUAUUCACCCUGAUGGGCAUGAGCCUCUUCGCUACUAAGUUGAGGAUGGGCGAGGACGGCAAGAAGAUACCUGAUGAGCUGCUCUUACCGUGGCCGAAAAGUCAAUGUCCAGUGUUUCAGAUAUUGACGGGUGAGAACUGGAAUGCUAUAAUGUACGAUGCGGUGUUGGCGGUUGGUUGGGGCGCAGUAGUCUUCUUCAUCGCGUUGGUGAUCUUCGGCCAGAGUGUGAUACUCAAUCUAUUCCUAGCUAUUCUUAUGAGCAAAUUCGAGGAGAGUUCCGCGACGAUACGGGAGCGAGAGUUGGCUAGAGCCAGAUCACGGUCGCAGUUGUCAGCGUUCCUGCGGGACCGGAGAAAGACCAAUGGCGCGCUCCCUUCAGAUGAGGCGUCCAGCCCUGAGUCAUUGAUAUCUCCGUACUCUGAGGGUAUGCAGGCUCAGGGUCAGGAUGAUCAUCACGAUGAGGAAGUGUUGGAGGUUACGUCGGCCCCUGAGCCUGAUCGUCAUGGAGGAGGGGUAGAUGAGGGCCUCCCCGGACUAGUCCAGAGGGGAAGUACGGUUGUUGUGGCGGAGAACCCUACAGUCCACUGUAUUGAGGACUCGCCAGAAGGCACUCCAUGCCCCUCAGAGGACAACAGUGUGAAGGAGCUCUCUACGAAGGAGGCCUGGCCAAACGACCAUUCAAUGUUGGUGUUCAGUCGUGAUGGACGAGUAAGGCGGUUCUGCAGUAGCAUUGCUGAUGCGCCCUGGUUCGACAACUUCAUUAUCGCCUGCAUAGCGGUGUCGUCAGCACUAAUGGCUUUGGAUAGCCCUCUGCAUGACCCUACUUCGGGCUUGGCACAGUUCCUUGAUGUCACGAACACGUUGUUCACGUUCAUCUUCCUUGUGGAGAUGCUCAUCAAGUGGGUAGCCUUUGGAGUGGUCUUGAAUAAGGGCGCUUACUGGCGUGACUCGUGGAACAUUCUUGAUGGAGUUGUGGUGAUCGUAUCGGUGGUUGACCUAUUGCCGAUGCUACCCGAUGUCUCUGUGCUCAAGACAUUGAGAAUGCUACGUGCCCUGAGGCCCCUGAGGGUCAUAUCUCGGAAUCCAAACCUGCGUUUGGUGGUUAACACGCUGUUCCGAAUCUUACCAGAGCUCUGCAACCUCCUCAUCGUGGGAGGACUCUUCUUCUUGAUCUUUGGUCUGUUUGGUCUGUCCUACUUCAAGGGGAAGUUCUACACAUGUCAAGUUGGCGACCCUAGUACGAGAGGAGUCGUCGAGUGGCAGUAUGAAGACCGGCGAAGCGUUAUCGUGACCCCUAUGUGUCUUGACCAGACGCUCGGCCAUCUCACUCUCGCCACUGGCUUCUCUGAGGGCUUAACAGGAAGUGCAGCACUGCAAUGCGCUGAUGGCGUGCCUUGGUCGAGACAGACUCCGGACACGCCAGUGUGUGUAGCCUCUUGUGCUACUGCCACCCGAAGCGAUAAGUCGGCCGUGUGCCCUUCCCCUCUGACCCUUGAUACCUACCCUAGCGUGUGUAGCCUCAAUCCUGGAGCCUCUAGUCGCCGGUUGGGUCAAUCUGGUGAACAUCGUCAGUUGCAGAGUGCUGCUGCCAGCAUCGGUGGUCCCGAGUGGCUUGCGUCGAUGGAAAAAAGCAUCAUGCCUUGCGACAAGUGCAGUGUGCACUACUGUACAGGGGAACUCCAACCCAGCGAGAAGAAAACGGCCUCCUGCCGAGAUGAGUGCGAGCACCACCCCUACUACUGUGCUGAUGUCUGCGCUGAUAACGUGUUUGAGGGUGGAGAGUGUGAGGCGUGUCUCGAAGCCUGCACUUCAGCUUGUGAAUGCCCGCAGUUUUGCAAGGCAGUUAUCAAGGAUGCUGCUAACUGUGUGGAACAGGGUGGACAAUGGUUGAAUCUGCACCAGCAUUUUGAUAACAUCGCAGUGUCUAUGAUGACUCUUUUCGAGAUCUCAACUACAGAAGGUUGGGUAGACGUUAUGUAUGCUGGCACUGAUGCAACGGAAGUUUAUGGUCAGCCUCGUCGGGAUCAUGCGGAACUAUGGGGUCUGUUUUUCGUAUUGUUCAUGCUGAUCGGUUCGCUCUUCAUCCUGAAUCUUUGCGUCGGUGUUAUUGUCGAUAACUUUAAUAAGAUCAAAGCCCAGGGGAGGUCCCUCUUCCUGACGCAAACCCAGCAGAAGUGGAUAGAGCUUCAGAAACAGCUGUACACGAAAAAAAUAUACCUGGAGUUCGCCCAUGUCAAAGAUUUGCCCGUGAAAAGGAGGAAGAUGUAUUUCUUCUGCACGAGCUCUAAAUUCGAGACGUUCAUAAUGACGUGCAUCUUGCUGAACACAGCAGUGACUGGUAUGAAGAUGUUCCCACCACCUUCGGAUGCCUAUAACACGACAUUGGCAACGCUAAACUACAUUUUCGCCUUCAUAUUCACAGCAGAAGCUGCAUUGAAGCUGUAUGCCACACGGUGGUGGUACUUCUAUGAUUCCUGGAACUGCUUCGACUUCGUAUGUGUUGUUGCUACAGCAAUUGGUAUACUUGUGGACUUGCUCUCUACUGUGACCAUCGGUACGCUGAUGAGUGCCAUCAGGAUAUUCCGCAUUGCGAGGCUCUUUCGUCUCGUUCGGUUCGCCAAGGGUCUCAAUCAGCUGUUCAUAGCCUUCGUUCUGUCCAUACCGAAGCUCUUCAACGUUGCCAUACUAUUGCUACUACUUCUGUUCCUCUUCACAGUGCUCGGUGUCCGCCUCUUUGGCGCCACACAGCUUUCUGGUAGUCAUGACGACCAUGCGAACUUUCGCAACUUCUACCGGGGAUUCAUGACACUCGUUCGCUGCAUGACUGGAGAAGGUUGGAACGAGAUAAUGCACAGUCUGGCUAAGGACUCGGAGUUCUUCGGCCUCGUCUUGCAUAGACCCUGUGUGAACGACUUCCACAUCACAGCAGAUAAUUACGCACAGUUACAGGAGAAGUGCCUUAUCGACCAUCCUGUGCAGUGUGGGUCGCCAUUCUCGUUUCUGUUCUUCAUCUCAUACACGUGCAUCAUCACCUUUGUCGUGCUCAAUUUGGUCAUAGCAGUCAUCUUAGAAGGCUUUGAGGACUCCACCAAAUCGGANNNNGAGUAUGUGUGUCACAUACGCAGAAAGGCACUUGUGAAACACGUGACGCGUUCUUCCCCAUUGAGUGUUCAGGAGUGGAUUCAGGGGGAUUGA